AUGAAAGGUACCAAACUAAAUCUCCUUAUAGAUGGCACAAGGCAGCCUGGGAGCUGUGCAAGAUUGUCCCUUGCCGUAUGUAACAAGGCAGCCAUGGGGGAAGUAAGGAGAGCUGCGGGAGCUGGCAUCCCAACGCGGGUGAUAGACCCGACCCUGUGUAGGUGCCAGUCUGAACUGGAGAGCACCAUCUGCAAAGUGUUGGAGGAGUUUUCCAUUGACCUCAUCUGCUUGGCUGGCUUUGGCAGAAAUCUGUCCGAUCACUUUCUCAGUAAUUGGAAAGGCAAAAUAAUGAAUCUGUGCCCAUAUCUUUCCACAUCACUGAAGAUGAAAGAACCUCUCCAAGAAGGAUUGAGGGUCUACGGCUGCACUGUCUGUUUCACGCUUGCCGGAACCAUUCCUGGGCCAGUGAUUCUGCAAGAGACCUUUAUGGGGGAGGACAAUACUGACGUGUCCCUGAGUGAACGAAUGGAAGAGGCCAAGUCUCGGGCAGUGGCUAAGGCCGUCGUUCUAGUGGCCAGUGGAAUCGUGCAGCUAGCAGAGGACAAUACACUGCGCUGGAUGAGCCGAGAAUGAAAGUGCAGAGCAACAGUUUUAUUUCCCCCAUCUUGGGCUUAGUGUAAAGGUUGGCGGUUAUAUCACGUCGUCUCUGCAUCAACCAAUAGAAAUGUUGGGAAAUAUGAAAUUCAUCUCUCUGCUUAGAAUUAUAUUUAUCUUGUCAGUAGCACAUGUGUAUUUAUAUAUAAAAGGCCUUUGAACAUAA